GUCCUGCUGUGUGGUGUAAACGGUCCAAGCGGAGCUCUCAACGUGUUACGAAAUCCGUUAGAAACUCCGACGCCAAAGCAACUUAUCAGUAAUUGUAUCGAUGUACCUUGUUUGUGAUAAAUUUUAAGUGUAUUUUUUUGUCUAACAUAAAAUAUUCAAUCCUUGUGGCAUAUAACUCUGCAGAUGCACAUGAGACUGCCGGAACUAUAUGACGGAAUGGAUUAAAUAGAACUGAAGUAAAUGGAAAAUGACCCCAAAACGGCAACUGAUGUUAUUACUGCUGUCUCUGCUGCUGGUACAAAAACAAAUAGCCCGACAACACACAAGCUGAGCAACAACAACAGCAAGCCAACACACAACUACCAAUGGAAUGAAAUUAUGAAUUUCCACAAAUGUAAUAAAAUCCAAUAAUAAAAUAUAUACACACAUAGUAUAUUUAUAGCUACACAUGUGUGGGUGCGUGCCGAUGUGUGCCAAAAACGAAUUGUGCUCGUAAACAGCGAAUUAAAGUGAAAACUGGGCGUAGAAACGCGUUGCAAACGAAAAGUGUAGCAUAACUUUAGGCGCAUAAAUGAAUUGCCGUGAAAUUAACGCGCGCAGCAGAUAAGCGUAUUAGUGUGUGUAAAGGUGAUGAAAAAAUAAGUGUGGUAACGGUGAACGCGCAGUAUUGCUUAGCGGUGAAUGUGAGAAGUACGGGCGGAGGCUGUGGACCACCCAUGAAGCGGUAAUCAACUUUCCGUGAAAUAUACCGGCGACCAACCACGAGUGUGCAAAAACAAUAAGUUAGCAUUACAAAUAACAACAACACCGAAAGUAAGCAGUCAAAGUUAAAACAACAACAACAACACCAGCAACAUGAAGGGCUUAGCAGCAUUUAAGGAGAAAGCAACGGGCGCUUUCAGUGGCAUCAAACCGAAUAUUGAAAAAUUUGAGAUCUCCAAAAACUAUCAUGGCGGCUAUGGCGGUUACGAGGAAAUGGAGGACGGCGAUAAGAUCGGCGACGGUCCAGGCGGCGGCAUACCAUAUGAUGAUGAUAGACCCGAUUCGCCAGCCUCUUUCGAGGAGAUCGAACGCCCGCCAUUACGUAAAAUCGACAAGUACUGCAAAGCCGAGUGUCCUUGCUUGCCGGCGCGUUACACGAUUGCCGUGAUGGCUUGUGUGGGCUUUAUGAUAUCGUUUGGCAUGCGUUGCAAUAUGUCGGCGGCAAAGCUGAAAGGAGAACAAAAUCAUACAAAAUUCAUGAAUUGGAGCGUCGCUGUGGAGAGUCAUGUGGAUUCAUCAUUCUUUUGGGGCUAUUUGGUCACACAAAUACCGGGUGGUUUCAUAGCAUCGAGAUUUCCGGCUAAUAAAAUCUUCGGCUUAUCAAUUGUAUGUUCGGCAACAUUGCAUUUGUUGGUGCCAGUGGUGAUGGCCGUGUGUCAUGGUUAUGUAUUGAUAGGUGUACGUGUAACGCAAGGUCUGUUUGAGGGUGUCACCUAUCCGGCUUGUCAUGGUAUCUGGCGAUUUUGGGCGCCACCCAUGGAGCGUUCACGUCUGGCCACAUUAGCAUUCAGCGGCUCGUAUGCGGGCGUUGUGGUGGGUCUGCCAUUGUCCGGUUUGCUCGCCGACGCGAUUGGCUAUCAGGCGCCCUUCUAUGCUUACGGCAUGUUCGGCAUAACAUGGUACCUCUUUUGGUUGUGGCUCUGCUUUGAGAAUCCCCGCAAACAUCCUGCCAUCAGCAUACCGGAAUUGAAGUACAUCGAGAAAUCGCUGGGCGAGACCUCUAUGCAGCCCUCAAUGCCGUCGUUGAGCACCACACCGUGGCGUGAGAUGGUGCGCUCGAUGCCCGUCUAUGCCAUUAUUGUGGCGAACUUCUGUCGUUCGUGGAACUUUUAUCUGCUCGUGCUCUUCCAGUCGUCCUUCCUCAAGCAUAAGUUCGGUUUUAAGGUGGAGGAGGCCGGUUUCAUCGGUUCGCUGCCACAUUUGAUUAUGACCACGAUUGUGCCAUUCGGUGGCAUGUUGGCCGAUCAUCUGCGUAAGAAUGGCAUUAUGUCGACCACGAAUGUACGAAAACUGUUCAAUUGUGGCGGUUUCGGCAUGGAGGGUCUGUUCUUUCUCUUCGUCGCGCACUCGGAUACGGCGACCGGCGCCAUGUUUGCUCUGACUUGCGGUGUUGCCUUCAGUGGGUUCGCCAUUUCCGGCUAUAAUGUAAAUCAUCUGGAUAUUGCUCCGCGUUAUGCCAGUAUUUUGAUGGGUCUCUCGAACGGUAUUGGUACCUUGGCUGGUAUAAUUGUGCCCUACGUGUUGGAUGGCUUGAUCCGUCGACAUCCCUACGACUGUUGGACCACCGUCUUCACACUUGCCGCAUGCGUUCAUUUAAUCGGCUGCACCUUCUACGGCAUCUUCGCUUCCGGCGAACUGCAACCCUGGGCCGAGCCACCGCACGAAGAGAAACAGGUGUGGGCGCCACCAAUGGGCGCCAUUGCUGAAGAUCCCAGCCAAGGCGGUUACACCAAGGAGACAUCCUUUGGCGUCACACCGCAAUACACCGAACAGAGUCAAAUGCAACAACCGAAUGCCAUCAAUUAUGGUGCGACCGGUCACGUGGCCAAUAAUCCCUUCGCCGCCAUGUCGGGUGGCACUAUACCCGAGGAGAGCGUUAUGCCCGAGCAGACAGCUGAUGCCAGCGCAUAUGGCGCUUAUGAUUACUCACAACAACAACAACAAAUGCCAAGUUAUGAUCCACAAUACCCACAACAUUUGUCAUACCCACAACAAGCACAGCAACCAAAUUACCAACAACCCUAUCAAACACAGUAGGCUGAGCGGGCGCGGUUGGCAAGUAAAAAUAAAAAUUAGUUAAAAAUUGAGCAAAAUUCAAAAUGCAAAAAUAUUCGAAAUUCAGAAUGCAAAAAUAUUCGAAAUUCAAAAAGUAAAAAUAUUCGAAAUUCAGAAAGCAAAAAUAUUCGAAAUUCAAAAAGCAACAAAUAUUAUCACAAACUGAAACAAUGAAAAGUGGCUAAUAUAGGAAAUACUCUAAGGAAUAGCGCAAAUAUCCCACAAAUAUCUUCGAAAAUCAAAAAAUAGCUUUCAAUUUGUUUUUGUUGUACAUGCUGCAUGUAGUAUGUACAUAUGUAUGUUUGUAACUAUUUCUGGAUUUAGUUCAAAACACUUACAAAUUACUGGAACCAAAGUACGAAUCAAAGCAAAAAUUAUAUAUAAAAUGCCAUACAGCUAUAAUUAUUACAACAACAAGCAGCACAAUAAUUAAAGUAUUAACUAUAACAACUACAAAAGUGCUAACAAUAAGUAUGCUUAUAUGAAAUUUGAGUUUAUUGAUAGAUAAAGGGUCAUCAACGCAUGCAAAUUUAAAAAAAAUAUUUAUUAAAAAUAAAUUAAAAUAUUAUUAAAAUUUUUUUUUUAAUGCACCGAAUGAACUUAGGCACGAAACUCAAGUAAUUAAUUUAUUAAAAAACAAUACGAAAUCUUAAAAAGAAUUUACAAAUUAUAUGCACCUAUUUUUUUAU